AAUGCUAAAAUGUUGACAUAAUCACAUGGUCGAAUUGGGCAUUUUGCCGGUGCAAGUUGUCUAAGACUCAAGAUUCAGAGGUCCAACUGACAACUGCCCCCUCUCAUCAUUGAUUCGAUUAACAAUCCAAAAAUGAUACAGCAGUACUACUGAUUCUAUUCUUCCCAAUCUACUGAAAUUUUACAUCGUCAACUAUUCUUCGAUUCAGAUGGAUUCUUUCUCCUUCCAUUGGAUCUUUCUUCUAUUCUUUGCUUUCUUACCAUUUUUGUUAUCUGUUGUUUAUGCUGAAGUUGACCCCAAUUCCAUUGUCACUCCCAUCAAUCGCGAUCUCUAUCGUUCCAGUGCUGAUUUGAUGGAAGAGAUUGAGGCAUUAGUUCAUCGUCAUCCAAACAAGCUUAGUAUAGAAACUAUGGAAUCUGAAAAUAAAGGGUAUGAAGCACAAGUAGCUGUUGUAACUUACUGCAGGGAUAGAAAGGAAGAUGAUAAAUCAAUGUUUAGAAUCCUUCUUACUUUUGGGCAGCACGGGAGGGAGCUCAUUACAUCCGAGCUUGCAUUGCGAAUCCUUUCUAUUUUGAGUGAGGAAGAGUUUCUGCCCAAACUAGACCGGAAGUCUAUGAACAGCACGCUUGACAAGCUUGUUAUCAAGGUUGUGCCAAUGGAAAAUUUGAAUGGCCGAAAACGUGUGGAGGCAGGAGAUCUUUGUGAAAGGAGAAAUGGAAGAGGAGUUGAUCUCAACCGCAACUGGAGUGUAGAUUGGGGCAAAAAAGAGAAGGAUUAUGAUCCUUAUGAAAAAAAUCCUGGAACUGCUCCUUUCAGCGAGCCAGAGAGCCAAAUUAUGCGGAAACUUGCUUUGUCGUUUGAGCCACAUCUAUGGGUUAAUGUACAUUCUGGAAUGCAGGCUUUAUUCAUGCCAUAUGACCACAGAAAUACUACUCCGGAUGGAUCUUCUUCAGUUAAAAUGAAAAAAAUGGUUAAUGAUUUGAAUUACCGUCACUUCCAAGGUCAUUGCAUGACUGGUUCAGGGGGAGGCUCUGUUGGGUACCUUGCACAUGGCACCGCAACAGACUAUAUAUACGAUGUUGCAAAAGUUCCCAUGGCUUUCACUUUCGAGAUCUAUGGGGAUGAGUCAGCUCCAGCAAAAGACUGCUUCAGAAUGUUUAACCCAACAAAUCUAACCACUUUUAAGGCUGUUCUUAAUGACUGGUCGGCAGCAUUCUUUACUUUGUUCAAGUUUGGGCCACAGCUGCUAGGUUUAGCAAACUCAGAGGAAUCAGCUAAAUGGGUAUCAAUUGAUGAUUAUUUAGAUGGAUACUUGAUGAGUAGACGCAAUCGAUAUGGAAAGGAAAUGGAGGUGUUUGAGCUUGGAUUGCAGGAGAUACGAUCUUAUUUUAGACUUUUCAUGCUAUCUUGCAUUAUUUUGAUGUUCAUGUUCUGUACUAGAAUUUCAAAGAGCAAGCUUCAGAGGCCUAAUGCUCCUGUCUUGCCUACCUGAUGCUGUUGGCAUAAUUUUUGUUGGUAACGUAAUAUAAUCCCAUUGAUUAUGUAUUCUUUUUAAUGCGGUAGAGUUAAUAUCAACCAAUCAUAAUUCCAUUUUAUUA